AGCAAGAGUCCCAGCAAGGCUGUUCGAGGUGCCCUAAAGGUCCACAAGCCAUUGUUGUCUGCGCCCCCAUCUAUUUCUGGCUUGCUCUCUCCCCUCCCUGGCUCCCUCUCUGACUUGCAUGUGUUGCCCCUAGACCAUGGGCUCAGGGGCCUCUAGCCAAAGCUGCUGACUCUGACCACGGCCUUUCUCUGGACUGUGUUCAUUUGCAUCAAGCUGCUGAGGGCGGAGGAGCUAUAUAGGCUCCGGGCCAUUCACCAGAGGAUUAGGCCUGGGCUGAGGGUGCAGCAGAAGAGAGGCCGCAGGGAAGGCCCAGGUCCACUGCUGGUCAUCCAUCAUGCCCUACCUGCUGCCGGGAUUCUUCUGUGACAGGGUGAUCCGGGAAAGGGACAGGAGGAAUGGAGAGGGUACCGUCUCACAGCCUCUCAAGUUCGAGGGGCAGGAUUUUGUUGUUCUCAAACAACGGUGCCUGGCUCAGAAGCGCCUCUUUGAAGAUCGUGUCUUCCCAGCAGGUGUGCAGGCCCUUGGUUCACACGAGCUGAGCCAGAAAGCCAAGAUGAAGGCCAUCACUUGGAAGAGGCCAAAGGAAAUUUGUGAGAAUCCCCGAUUUAUCAUUGGUGGUGCCAACAGAACUGACAUCUGCCAAGGAGAUCUAGGGGACUGCUGGUUUCUUGCAGCCAUUGCUUGCCUGACCCUGAACGAGCGACUGCUCUUCCGAGUUAUACCCCAUGAUCAAAGUUUUGUUGAAAACUAUGCAGGGAUCUUCCACUUCCAGUUCUGGCGCUAUGGAGACUGGGUAGACGUGGUUAUUGAUGACUGUCUGCCAACGUACAACAAUCAGCUGGUUUUCACCAAAUCCAACCACCGCAAUGAGUUCUGGAGUGCUCUGCUGGAGAAGGCUUACGCGAAGCUCCAUGGUUCCUAUGAAGCUCUAAAAGGUGGGAACACCACCGAAGCCAUGGAGGACUUCACAGGAGGGGUGACGGAAUUUUUUGAGAUCAAGGAUGCUCCCAGUGACAUGUACAAGAUCAUGAGGAAAGCCAUCGAGAGAGGUUCCCUCAUGGGCUGCUCCAUUGAUGACGGCACCAACCUGACUUACGGUACCUCUCCUUCGGGUCUGAACAUGGGAGAGUUGAUUGCGCGGAUGGUGAGAAAUAUGGAUAACUCGCUGCUCAGAGACUCAGACCUGGACCCCAGGGGCUCAGAUGACAGACCGACAAGGACAAUUGUUCCCGUGCAGUAUGAGACAAGAAUGGCCUGUGGGCUGGUGAAAGGUCACGCCUACUCGGUCACCGGGCUGGAGGAGGCCCUGUUCAAAGGCGAGAAGGUGAAGCUGGUGCGGCUGCGGAACCCCUGGGGUCAGGUGGAGUGGAACGGCUCUUGGAGUGAUGGUUGGAAGGACUGGAGCUUGGUAGACAGAGAUGAAAAGGACCGUCUCCAGCACCAGGUCACUGAGGAUGGAGAGUUCUGGAUGUCAUACGAAGACUUUGUCUACCAUUUCACAAAGCUGGAGAUCUGUAACCUCACGGCUGACGCCCUGGAGUCUGACAAGCUCCAGACCUGGACGGUGUCUGUAAACGAGGGCCGCUGGGUGAGGGGCUGUUCAGCCGGAGGCUGCCGCAACUUCCCAGACACUUUCUGGACCAACCCGCAGUACCGUCUGCAGCUCCUAGAGGAGGACGAUGACCCUGACGACUCUGAGGUGAUCUGCAGCUUCCUGGUGGCUCUGAUGCAGAAGAACCGGCGCAAGGACCGGAAGCUGGGAGCCAAUCUCUUCACCAUUGGCUUUGCGAUCUACGAGGUUCCCAAAGAGAUGCAUGGGAAUAAGCAACACCUGCAGAAGGACUUUUUCUUGUACAACGCCUCCAAGGCCAGAAGCAAAACCUAUAUCAACAUGCGGGAAGUGUCCCAGCGCUUCCGCCUGCCCCCCAGCGAGUACGUCAUUGUGCCCUCCACCUACGAGCCCCAUCAGGAGGGGGAGUUCAUCCUCCGGGUCUUCUCUGAGAAGAGGAAUCUCUCGGAGGAAGCUGAAAACACAAUCUCUGUGGAUCGGCCGGUGGCACGGCCUGGCCACACAGACCAGGAGACUGAGGAGCAGCAACAGUUCCGGAACAUCUUCAGGCAGAUCGCAGGCGAUGACAUGGAGAUCUGUGCAGAUGAACUCAAGAACGUCCUUAACACAGUGGUGAACAAACACAAGGACCUGAAGACACAAGGGUUCACCCUGGAGUCUUGCCGAAGCAUGAUAGCUCUCAUGGAUACAGAUGGCUCUGGGAGGCUGAAUCUGCAGGAGUUCCAUCACCUCUGGAAAAAGAUCAAGGCCUGGCAGAAAAUCUUCAAACACUAUGACACAGACCAUUCCGGCACCAUCAAUAGCUAUGAGAUGCGAAAUGCAGUCAAUGAUGCAGGCUUCCACCUCAACAGCCAACUCUAUGACAUCAUCACCAUGCGCUAUGCAGACAAACACAUGAACAUUGACUUUGACAGUUUCAUCUGCUGCUUCGUCAGACUGGAAGGGAUGUUCAGAGCUUUCAAUGCAUUUGACAAGGACGGAGAUGGCAUCAUCAAAUUGAAUGUUCUCGAGUGGCUGCAGCUUACCAUGUAUGCCUGAACCAGACAGGCCUCAUGCAAGAUCAACCAGGACUCCAACCCAACCCAGCUAGAGUCAUUGACCACAAAGAAUCCGGUAGCUGAACCUCCACCAAGCCUAGGGAGCUUCUGGUCUUGUUCCUUCUCCACUAUGGCCCAAAUCUUGGUGUCCAGCCUGAUGCUUGGGAGAACUCUCUGCCACCUGAAGCCUAGUGUCUGCCUGACCUAGGUGCAGCCUCACUGCUGAUUCUGAACUGCCCACUUAGCUUGCACUGGGCUGUCUACAGUACUUCUAGAGGUACUCACUCACACACGAGCCCAGUCACCAAGUCUACAUCCAGUUCUGCCAGUUUUAGGAUGGGUUUACUCUGGGGUAAACAGGGAUACUUUGGGGUAUCUGAUAAUUUGGCUGGGUUCUGAAAAAAAGCUAUCUAAAUAAAGGCACAUGUAUGGCUGGCUCCAGUUUUAUUUCUCAGCCACAGCACGA